AUACAUUUUCCCAUCUCGCUUUAAAUUGGCGCACGGCAGUCUCGCGGUCCGUGUUGGCGGGCUUAGUCGCCCCAAACGAAAAAACGCGGGAAACAGUUGAGUGUUUAAUAAAUCAUUUUCUAGCGUUCACGGAAAUACUAUAAAAAUGUCACCCAAAAGUAAAGCAUCGGAAGAAGACUGUGACACAGAAGCUCUUAAAUCAGACCAAGAACAGUCUGACAAUGGAAAAGAAGGUGGCGCAUUGGAAGCUAAAAUGUCACUCCUCAAUGGCAUCACAGUUAUCGUCGGUUCGAUUAUAGGCAGUGGCAUUUUCGUAUCACCUACCGGAGUCCUGAAAUAUACGGGUUCAGUAAACGCUAGUCUAAUCGUGUGGGUGGCUUCAGGGGUAUUCAGUAUGGUAGGCGCUUAUUGCUACGCUGAAUUGGGUACGAUGAUUCGUCUCAGCGGCGCCGACUACGCAUACAUCAUGCAGACGUUUGGCCCCUUCGCUGCCUUCAUCCGACUGUGGAUCGAGUGCAUGAUCGUCCGGCCAUGUUCUCAGGCAAUCGUUGCAUUGACAUUCAGUGUGUACGUGCUGAAACCGAUAUUCCCCGAGUGUGAUCCGCCAGAAGACGCUACACGACUAUUGGCUGCUUGUUGCAUUCUUCUGCUAACAUUCGUGAACUGCUGGUCGGUGAAGGCAGCUACCCGGGUACAGGACUGGUUCACUUACGCCAAACUACUGGCUCUAUUCAUCAUUAUCGCGGCUGGUAUCUACCAACUUUGCAGAGGGAAAGUGGAACAUUUUACGUUCGAAGGCACAACGAGCGACGUAACUUCAAUAGCGCUGUCUUUUUACUCCGGCCUCUUUGCGUACAACGGAUGGAACUACUUGAACUUUAUCAUCGAAGAGUUGAAGGAUCCAGUUCGUAACUUGCCUCGAGCCAUUGCUAUCUCCUGCACGCUCGUCACGGUCGUCUACACAUUCACCAACGUCGCCUUCUACACUACGCUCUCUCCCACUGAGGUGUUAGGUUCGGCGGCUGUAGCGGUCACGUUCGCGGAACGUCUCUUCGGUUGGUUUGCUCUCUCGAUACCACUCUUCGUGGCAGCUUCUACUUUCGGAGCUGUUAAUGGCGUACUACUCACUUCAUCCAGGCUGUUCUACGCGGGCGCGGCGCAGGGGCAGAUGCCGGGCAUGCUGACGAUGGUGACGCCGCGCGCCACGCCCGCGCCCGCCGUGCUCGCCGUGGCGCUGCUGUCGCUGCUCUACCUCACCGUGUCCGACAUCUACGCGCUCAUCAACUACGUCGGCUUCGCCACCUGGCUAAGCAUAGGAGCCGCCGUACUGUGUCUACCAGUACUCCGAUACACCCAGCCGAAUCUCGAGAGACCCAUAAAGGUCAACUUAUUCUUCCCAGUGAUCUACAUCAUCUGCACGAUCCUGGUGAUAGCGUUCCCAGCUGUGGCGUCUCCAGCUGAAACGGGCGUCGGCUGUCUCAUGAUCCUGACGGCUGUGCCGGUGUAUCUGUUGCUGCUGGAACCCAGGACGAGGCUGAAAGGACUGGGCCCUAUUACUGAUGCUGCAACACGCUUAAUGCAAAAAUUAACGCUGUCCGUUCGACCAAAAACAAAGUGAAAGAAACGCAAAGGACCAACGGAUUAUGCCCAGACAUAUCCGAAAAUUCAUGCAGUAUUUAGUUUAGGUGUUAUUUCAUGUUAGAAACUUUUUGUAUGUCUAAUACUCGGUUUCAAGGAUAUAUACAUAUUGUGUAUUGUGUAUGUUAAGAGCAUUUAGGCAUGCUUUCAUUAGAGUUUAACUCAACAAUAGACCUCAUUUUUUUUUUUUUAACAAAUCAUUCGAAUGCUUCCAAAAUUCAGCUCUAAAUGAAAAAUAUUUUUAUUGAACGAACGACUAUAUACUAUAACUUAUUAUUCUUGAACAAAUAUAAAGAUCAUUUUAGAUUUUUUUACACUUUUUUUUUUAUAAAAUAAAUAUGUCUACUGCUAAAAAUAUGUCAUCUUGUAAAGUGUUCCAAAAACUAUGUCAUAGAAAAUAUCAUAAAUAAUAGAAUCUCUCUCUAUGACGAGAACUUGAAAUAAGAAAAAAUUAAAAGAAUUUAUAUACAACAGUAAUAUAAUAAUAUUAUCUGUAAUAAUGAAACUGUUGUAAACUUUUUAGAAUCGUGUUAUAUAUAAAAAAAGCUUUUUCUGAUGAGUUUUCUACGUAUUAUAUAAAAAAAAGCUAAUAUAUUUUUUUUAGUUUUUCUUUCGUUGUAUUCGAAUCCUAUCAAAGACAAUAUUUCUUAAAAUCUAAGGCAAGUAGCUUUUUUAUGUAGUUAGAUUAUAUACGUUGUUUGUAUGCGUGUAGAUGUUAAAACUUUGAGCAAAAUAAAAAUAUUAAAAAAAAAAGAAUGCACAAAUCGAAAUCAAUUUUUUUUACAAAUAGGCUGUGUUUUUGUUGUCAUUUCCAAAGAAAUUUCGAUUGUCAUGACGUAUCAACUUAUUUUGUUAUUUAUUUCUUAAGUAGCUAUAAUUUGUGUAAUUUUCCUUGUAAGUUUCGUUUUUUUUUGUAUAUAAAAAAAUCAUACUCGAACAUUCCAAUUUUAACUGCCAAUAUUCGAAUUAUAGAAUGUAAUCUCUUUCGUUUUUAUGGUUAAAAAUAACAUAACGUAACUAAAGCUGUAAAUAUUUCUAAUUAGAUUAAUUUUUUUUAACAAUAACUUCCACAGAACUAAAUUGUGUGUUGCAUUUAUUUGCUCAUUUUGUAAUAAUUAAUUUUAUAAUGUCAUUUACAUAUAUUUUUUUUUAUUACGAUGUAAUGUGUCAACAAAUAAAUCAUAGGAAUGUCUAAAGAAGCCGUCGUGUGUCGUUGUUUCUGUUACGCGCUCUGCGUUAUAUUACAGACGCAAUAU